CGUAACCUACCUGCAUUGACCUGCCACACUGACAGUUACUGCUUAGUGAACAAAUGACAAUUAAAGAAGUAGGGCCUUUAUUUCUUAUCUAUUAGGAUUUUAUGUUUCGUAUAUGACAUGCAGAAUGUCUCGGAUGUUGAAAUCCGUGUUUAAAAAACACUUGAAAAAUCCGAAAUUAGCUGGCGGUGUAGCAAUUGCACUGGCGGUAGGCUUCGGUGUUCAGAGAUAUCGGAACAGAGAUGAUUUGACGUGCUUGUCCCCUGCAACUGGCAAGGCAAACGCCACACUUGGAGGCCUAGGGCUAGGCCAAGACUCGAAAUCUGAAAGUCGAAAGGAGAAUGGUACUCAAGUUUCAAAAGAUGAUUCAAAUGACAAAGUUUCUUCUAAUAGGUUGACGUCCUCAACAGCUAUUGGACGAUUAUUUUACACGCGUUUGGUCAAGCUUCUUAAAAUUAUUAUACCAGGUGUUUGGUCAAAAGAAUUUGGUAUUUUAAUUCUUCAUACAGCUUCUUUAGUUACUAGAACUUUCCUAUCCAUAUAUGUUGCCAGCCUGGAUGGAACCAUAGUGAAAUCUAUUGUUAAAACUAAUGUCAAAGAGUUUGCACUAAGCCUUAUGAAAUGGCUCUUGCUUGCAAUUCCUGCAACAUUUAUAAACAGCUCAAUCCGAUUCUUAGAAAAUCAUUUAAGCCUCGCCUUUCGCUCUCGUCUUGUGGAACAUUCUUACAAAUUGUACUUUAAAAACCAGACCUACUAUCGGGUGAGUAAUCUUGAUAGUCGUCUGGUGAAUGCAGAUCAAAAUCUUACGGAAGACGUAACCAUGUUCUGUCAGUCGGUGGCACAUCUGUAUUCUCAUCUGACCAAACCAAUUUUGGAUGUUAUUUUAAUGUCUGGAACACUAAUGAGGAUGGCUGACAAAGGAAAUGCACAGACAAGUGUGUCUCGUGUUCUUGGAGUAAUAAACCUUUUCAUAACUGCUCAAAUUUUACGUGUCGCCUCACCAAAAUUUGGCAGACUUGUUGCGGAGGAGGCUCAUCGCAAAGGUCAACUUAGAUUCAUCCAUUCUCGUGUCAUAACUAACGCAGAAGAGAUUGCAUUCUAUGGAGGUCAUGAGAUUGAACACAACCAGUUAAAGAAAGGAUUCCAUGCUCUAGCCUCACAGAUGCGUUUGAUUUUCCGCAAGCGUCUUUGGUACGUGAUGCUUGAACAAUUCCUGAUGAAGUAUGUGUGGAGUGCCACUGGUCUGGUCAUGGUAGCCAUCCCUAUUAUCACUGCAACUGGUCCUAAAAUGCCAGAUGGUGAAGAAAUCACAGGCUCUGAUGAAAUCAGCCUCAGAACCGAAGCUUUCACUGUUGCUAAGGGUCUCCUCUUAUCGACUGCUGAUGCUGUAGAAAGAAUCCUUUCCUCUUAUAAAGAGGUCACUGAACUCGCCGGAUACACAGCAAGAGUAUCUGAUAUGUUGACAGUGUUUCAGGAUAUGUCGGAGGGUACGUAUGUGAGAACGUCUGUAACAAGCGCCACCAAGUCUAUGCUGGAACACGCAUCAUUAGGCAAGAUAGAGGGGCCACUGGAAAUAGAAGGUGAGGUCCAUAGUACUGAUAAGUCUAUAAUUGAAGUUGAAGAGCUGUCCAUCAUAACGCCAAAUCGUGAUAUAGUAGUGUCAAAUCUGACAUUCAAGGUGCAAGAAGGAAUGCAUUUGCUGAUUGCUGGGCCGAAUGGAUGCGGUAAAAGUUCAUUAUUUAGGAUAUUGUGUGAGCUGUGGCCGGUAUACCGGGGUAAAUUGACCAGGCCAAGCCCUAAGCACAUGCUUUUCAUCCCACAGAGACCGUACAUGUCCAUUGGGUCGUUGUGCGAGCAGGUUAUCUAUCCGGAUACUAUUGAAGACAUGCAGCAAAAGAACAUCACUCACCAGGACUUGUACGCUAUCUUGUCAUUGGUACAUCUUCAGCAUAUUGUGGCCAGAGAAGGAGGUUGGGAUGCUGUUCGUGACUGGAAAGACGUCUUAUCUGGAGGAGAAAAGCAAAGAAUGGGGAUGGCCAGGCUUUUCUACCAAAGGCCUAAAGUAGCUCUGCUUGAUGAGUGCACCAGUGCUGUCAGCAUAGAUGUUGAGGGUAAAAUAUACCAAGCUGCCAAGGACAUUGGUAUCAUAAUGCUAACCAUCACUCACAGGCCUUCACUAUGGAAAUAUCAUUCACACUUGCUACAGUUUGAUGGAGAGGGUGGAUGGAGAGUGGAACAGCUUGACACUACCACAAGACUUAGUCUGAAUGAAGAGAAGCAAAAACUGGAGGUGCAGUUGGCAGGAAUCCCCAGGAUGCAGCAGCGAUUGAAUGAGCUUUGUAAGAUUCUUGGAGAGGAUUCAGUACUGAAAACCAAAGAUAAUGAAGUUUGCCAUAUACCUGGCUCACCAGAGUCAGGUAGCUUAGCAAGAUCCACUUUAAGUUCUAAUUAGUUGAUCCUUAAUUAAUCUCACAACAAGUAUGGUAGUUGUUAUUAAUUUGAAUUUCUAUUCUGUCUUUCACUAAUUAUUUUGUAUAUAGGAAUAUAAAACACUCAAAUAGUUUUAUGCUGAUAUAAAAUGAUAAUUUAUGAGAUUUACUGUGUACAUUUUAAUAAGCAUUGUAAAAUUGAAGGGUUUUUGAAAAUGUAAGAAUUUAUUUUUAAAUGUAUUCAAAGAACAGAUUUUUUUAGCUUAAAAGUACUUCAAAGUUCAUAUUUGAAAAUACAGGCAAGGACGGCUACUGAGGUCAGUCUGUAAACUACUGUGCUCAAACACCAGAGCGUUUGAUUGUUUUUCAGUUAAGAAUACCCACCAUACAGCCUGGAGUAUCAAUGGCCAAAUUGUCAAUAUUGAUACUCGCCAUGAACAUAAUUUCAUAGGCUGAAUAAUUUACCCCCAGGGCAAGUUACUGAGUUUCCAGGCAUGUUGUACAGCCACUUGUGACCACUGACUGGUAGUAAUCAGGGCUGGAGAGUCACCUUGCAAUUGACUUGUAGGUCACUAGCCUAGCAGGGUCCUCUCCUGUACAUGUGUUUUGUAAGGAACGGCCUAAGGGGAUUGUAUGGUUGACAUUAUUGUACAGUCAUACAAGUUGCUCUACUUUCCUAUUUUUUUUACCAUAUUUAAAACCAAUAAUUUUGAUUCUUUUUUGUUUAGUUAGUCAUAUAAUCUGAGAUUCUAAUUAUUUUAUGUACUUACUAACCAGCAUGCAAUGCAAAGUGCAUUACACUUUUCAUCUUUUUUUUUUUUAACCAGUAAAUUUUUUGCCAAUAGUUCUUAUUUUUUUUUUACAAUUUCAGGCACAAAAUGUUCUUAUUUUGUUCUUGUUUUUACACACAUUUCAAACACAAAAAAUUAUUAUUUUACAGUAGCAUAUAACUCUGCAUUGUCUUAUAGAGGGUAUUACAUAGUCACACAUACUACAAAUAAAACUACAAGAAAGAUUUUUUGGUUUUUUUAUUUUUUUUUUUAAAUAAUAACCUCAAUUAACAUUUUACCUCAGCCUCAAUUUUGUUCUUAAUUUUCUAACGUCAGCCUUAGUGUUCUUUUAAAAUGUGUACUGUGCU